GAUACACCAACCCACACAACAGAUAUGUUUACGUCGUCAACGUACUGAUAACACAUAAUGCCCUCCUUGGGCAUGGAUCACUUAGAGUGACGGCAGACCGUGGAUUUCGAUUAUAGGACCACAGAACAAGAAUGGCAAACACGGCUACCUUAUUCCAGAGGGCGAAUGAUCCUCAUUGCUGCGGCAUGUCAUCAAUUUCUUCGAUUUCUUUCGCCCUGCAGACCUACAUCCCUCCCAUCGUUGGUGGAAUAGGUCUGAUUGGGAACGUCCUGACAUUCAUGGUGAUGAAUCUGCACCAUAACCGCCGGAGCGUAAUGUGUUACUAUUUCAAAGUGUUGGCCACAAGCGAUGCGCUUACGCUACUCAGUGGCUUUAUUCUCCGGUACGUUUUCAUUUUGCGGCCGGAAUGGCUCCAGAUUUACGCUGUAGGGCGUAUUUUCUGCAUCUUAUUCUAUUAUUUCAAUUUUUUAUUUUACAAUGUGUCGAUAUGGCAGGUUGCGAUUAUUGCACUUGAUCGGUUCGUGGUGGUGCGUUAUCCUCUCCGUGCGUCAUCCUGGUGCACUAGCAAACGGGCCAAGGUCCUAGUGGCUUGUAACUUACUUUUUCACGGAAUCGCGUACUUUCCAAACCUCUUCAGAACAAGUGAAAAUGUAAGAGUUCCAAAUAUUGGUUCCUGUAUGUUACCAGAGUGGUCAAAAUGGUACGAGUUUGGUCAGGAUGUCAUCAAUACGUCUUUAGACUCCGUCAUCCCAGUGGGAAUUAUAUGUAUCCUGAAUGUCGCGAUAAUAGUCAGUCUAAAACAGCAUACCUCGAUACUGAAGGAUAAGACAGGGCUGAUUCAUUCAAAGUCCGACAGCAAGAAGGAGACCACCAUGACACUGAUGCUGGUCGUCGUGGCAACAACUCUUAUCAUCCUAGUCCUGCCGUACACGGUAGAUUUCCUUCUGUGGUCGUGCUGCAUGUCCGGCUACGAAACCGCGCACCCAGGAUCGAGAGCUUUAAGUUUUGAAAUCAGUUUCACCUUCUGUACCCUCAAUACCUCAAUUAACUUCUUCUUGUACUCGUUCAGCAGCGCUAGCUUUCGCGCUGAUCUCCUCGCCAUUUUCUGCUGUCGGCAGAGGCAGUCAGCCACGUCAUCUGCCCGGAGUCUGACGUCUGGAUCAACCAGUAACUACAGGACGACAACGGCAAAUCGGUAGAAUUUCAUCACCAUCUAGUUGUUUCAACUUUGAUAACAGCGAACGCUUCAUUAAAAAUUAAUACCUAGUCUGCUCUACCUAGUUCUAGCUGAUAUACGUCAACAGAACGUAGUACGGUGUCGUUGGCGUGACAGAUGCCCGAUGUUGGUGUUACACCUUACAAUUGGCGAUAUUUGCAAAACAGUAAUCAAGAUAUCGCCAGUUUAGGGAUAACGCUAAAAUGUUGGUAACGUCGUUGCACCAGCAGGGCUGCGCUGAAAGGAGGCAUCUUCCAAUCAUCAUGCCUCUCGGGCGAGUUGCUGUGUUUGAAUGUUUACCCUAUCUCGAUGUCAAAAGUCUCAUGUUCGUUGUCCACUGAGGCAUAAUACAGUAUAUAUAUGUUACACGAAUGGUAUCACUUCGCGUGCGUGUCACGAACAAUGUUGGUAAGCUACUCCCCGUUCUUGGGAGGAAAAUUUAAAUUACACUGAUGUAGACAGUGUCAAAUACCAGUACCAUUGUCAUUGUUUACUUUCGUCUCUUUUUCACUUUCACAAUGCUUUCACUGCACGGCUGAUAGAGUUGGUGGUAAAGUCUGCUAAAAUUAUUUUAUGUGUCCAGUGAUCUUCCUUCAAGACGUCGCAUGAUCUUUUUUCCAGGACGUAAUUGCUUUAUGUUUGCAAGAGAUUCAUGGCCAUGAUAAUCAUCUUGAUAACAAGCGGCUAAUGUGCAUCAUGUUUGUUUGCCUGGUCUUCAUGAAUUUCAGAAUCGUGAUAUCUACUAGUCAUGUUGACUGCCCAGUCGAAUUUGUAUCCGAAAAGUAAUUUUGUACGCUUAACUUUUUCCUUUGAUACCAGAAAUAAUGUUCAAACUGAGAAAACACCAAGAAGAAACGCAAGAUCCAAUAAUUCAAAACAAGCAAGUGCAUGGCAUUGUGCCAGUGUUGUUCUGAAACUCCUUAUGAUAUUUUGUCAGAGUUCAGGAUCUGAUCACUUAAUCUUAAUCUACAGUUGAUACGUGACUUCAAUCUAACAUGCCUUGUUGGUUGAGCCAAACGGGCUACUGCGAUAGCAAAGGGGAUGAUACGCACAACAAAUAAAAAUUAUCACCGCGAGUCAUGACAAGGCUGCCGACCAGGGAAUAUUUAGGUCUAAUUACCUAGAUAAGUUAAUUGCUUGAUGUUUUAAUUGGUAUAGCAAAGCCUAAAAUAUUUAGCAUUUACUGAAAGCUAAAGAAACUAUAGAAUCAAUGCGCAUCACUGAGAUCUUGACAAAUUGUAUCAAAAUGGUUAUACUAAACCCAAAAUAUUUCCGUUAAGUGUCACAUUUGGCUUGAAAUUACUACUGGUUAUUAUUUUUUACUUAAACUCGGAUAACAAUUCUUCGGUACACUGAAUAUUCAGUGCGGUACACUGAAUAUUCAGUGCAGUACACAGAAUAUUCUGUAGAACCUCUCUAUCAAGACAACCUUGGGAUGCUGUCAAACUCAA